AGUGAUUGCUCUUUGAUUGAUAUAUUCCUACACUGUGUGUCACUUAUUACAUUGGCGAUCAUUAUGUAUGCUCUUUCAGAGUGUAGGAAACCAUGGCUUAUUUAACUUGGGAAUCACAGCACCAGUGAAAUACUCCACACAAACAGGAAACCUACAUCUAAUAUGUGAAUCAGGUCCUAUGCAGACUGGAUGGAAUCAAAGAACAACGUAACUUUCUUUGUCCUCCUGGGCCUCACACAGGAUGGAAAGGAACAGAAGUUUCUGUUUGUUAUAUUCUUGCUCUUCUAUAUUUUGACGGUGGUGGGCAACCUGCUCAUUGUGGUGACUAUAGCUGUCAGUAAGACGCUGGGCUCCCCUAUGUACUUGUUUCUUGCUAACUUAUCUUUUAUGGAUGUCACUUAUUCGUCUUGCAUUUCCCCCAGAUUGAUUUCGGACUUGUUCUUUGGGGAAAAUACCAUAUCCUUCCAAUCUUGUAUGACCCAGCUAUUUACAGAGCACCUUUUUGGUGGAUCAGAGGUCAUUCUUCUGCUGGUGAUGGCUUAUGACCGCUAUGUGGCCAUCUGUAAGCCCUUGCGUUAUUUGGUUGUCAUGAGGCAAGAGGUGUGUGUUGUGCUGCUGGUAGGGUCCUGGGUUGGAGGUUUUCUGCAUUCAGCCAUUCAAGUUAGCACGAUUUAUAGUCUCCCAUUCUGUGGUCCCAAUGUCAUUGAUCAUUUCAUCUGUGAAAUGUACCCCUUACUGAGACUUGCCUGUACUGACACAUAUGUCAUUGGCCUGUUAGUGGUGGCCAACGGAGGGAUGAUGUGCACAAUUGUGUUUGUGCUCUUGCUCAUCUCUUAUGGUGUCAUCUUGCACUCUCUAAAGAACCUUAGUCUAGAAGGGAGGCAGAAAGCCCUCCAGACCUGUGGUUCCCACAUCACUGUGGUGGUCUUCUUCUUUGUGCCAUGUAUUUUCAUGUACGUGAGACCUGCUAAGACCUUCCCCAUUGACAAAUCAGUGAGUGUGUUUUUUACAGUUAUAACCCCUAUGCUGAACCCCCUGAUCUAUACUCUGAGAAAUUCUGAGAUGACAAAUGCGAUGAAGAAGCUCUGGAUGAGAAAUGUCGUAUCUGUUGGUGUAUAAGUGCAUUAUCCACCAUGAAGAGAAUUAUUUGACAUUGGAUGCCAUUUUAUAAGAAUGCAGAUGUCUUUUUAAAAUGAUUCUGAGUUCCCUUGUUCAAAGAACUUAAUUAUUUUUAAAGGAUGAACUGGAUAAUUGUGCUUUAAUAACAAUUUCCCUCCCUGGUAGAAUCUAUAGUCCAUUAUCCCUUGGAGAUUGCUUCAUUUAGAAAGGUGCAAUACCUUCAUAGCAAGGUGUCAACAAUACGUGAUUAUUUAGUAAAUUUUUAUGGUUAAUUUUCAAUCAACUUAUGUUUUUUAAUUUUUUUGAUACUUAGUAAUAUUUUAGUUAUAUUCUUGUUAUUUCAGGUAAUUCUUUUUAUUAUGCUAAUUAUAAUGCUAAUGAUGCAUAGACUGUCUUGUUCAGUAAAUUUCUGUUGCCUUAUCUGCAAAAUAUUUUGUGUAACACUUUUAUUUUUACAAGAAAAAUUGAUGUGUAAUGGAUAAUAAUGAAUAGUAAAAGAGAACACCUUACAUAAUGGGAUAAAAUGUGAAUAAAUUACCUACUCAUCUCUCAACACGGUCUCUAUUCCUCCUUCCCCAGAGGAAGUCACUUAAUCUGUUUCUUAAGCCUCUUGAGGUAUUAACAUCAUUUGUAUUUAUGUAUGCAAAUUUUUCUCUGUGUAUUUAAAUAUUUGUUUUUAUUAUCAACUUACUUUUUUUAAAAUAAACUUUUAAGUUUAGGAUAGUUUUGUUUAUUUUUGAUUUUUCAGUUGAAAAAUUGUCCUACAAUAUUAUCUUAGUUUCGGGUACACAACAUAGUGACUGAACUAUCAUGUACACUAAGAAAUGCUCAUUAUGAUCAUUGUAGCUUCCAUCUGGUUAACAUAACAAGUUGCUACAACAUA